AUGAGUACAACAGAAGAGUCUUUAGCAUCAACAAUUGGUUUGGUCGAGAAGGAGCAGCCUAAGGACCUCUCAGUGGAAGUGUACCCGUUGGAGAGUCCUGUAACGAUCGAUGACGUUGCUGAUGCCCUGCGGGACGGUCUUGCUAAGGUUUUCAAAAAAAUCGACGUUGACGUCGUGGACUGUCCUGAUCUACGCCAGGCCCCCUACCUCUGCUCGAAGCCUGGUCUCGGAAGCCCAGGGAAAGGCUCUGUUGUAGACUGUGGUGGAUGUGCACUUCUUUACCCUAAGGUUGACAUCACUAAGGAAUAUGAUAUGCGCCAAAUCGCCUCUAUUGUUGACAAUUACACACAUGCCGGUGGCGGCGAUGAGGAAGCGUAUCCUCCCUCGAGUGCUGAGUCUACGGUAGCUGGUAGUCCCACAGAGCGAUCGAACAGCCUACCUAGUCACCACACCCCACAGGCCUUCCACAUUCUGGGAGCUGGCGCUUGCGCUUACUCUGUCACGGGACAGAAUGGAGAGCUGGCGAUAAAUUGUGCAGAUGAGGGGGAUCCUCAUACAGCGUGCGGCAUUGUUUGCGAGGACUCAUUGCCAGAGAAGAAGAACUACCAUUCUUACCUCUCAGGGCCUCUUUGCAACGUCUUCAAGUGUUCGGGUGCCCCUGGGAAGGUGUUGAGAGUUCACGCGGCUGCCCGGAUGGAUCCAGAGGUUGGUUCUGAUAUUGUGGAAACGAUGAAGUCAAUCUUGGAGACUGCCUUUCCUCGUGAUGUUCUGGGCUUGGGGGGUGUGGUACUCGUCAAGAAGGGGAAAGUGAUGAUUCAUGUGAUGCAUGACUUUACAGUGAAGCCAAUCAGGAGUCAGAAAUUCAUUGACUCUGAAUGGCUGAGGAUGAAAGAAGCUGAUACGCCGUUCACGAAUUACACAGUUUUCGUGACGAAUCCUCCUGCGACUCUCGACCUCCGUCCUUCACAUACUCAUGGAUUCAAUGAUAAGGUGGCUGGUCAUUACCACUAUGACACAACGCCACUCCGUGUCGAUUACGAGUGUUAUCUUCAACUCGCGGAUAAUAUAUACAGAGUUGAUCGCGCGUCUCAAGAACCCGACUUCGACAUGGAUGUCGGUUCGAGAGAAAGCAAUACUACUGCUAAGCCUUGGACGCCUGAGCCAUGAACUGAGGAAACUCGUGAUUGUCUGAGGUUUCGGGGCUCAAUUUUUCCGUUUAUGUAGGAUCGUUAUUCCUCCGCAUUUGAUCGUUGCACUUGGUAUUUUUGGUCAAGGCUUCACUGCCGCUAUUGAAUGUGUCGUUGCUCUUUGAUGAUCGCACAGCAUCAUUGUCGCCAUAAACUGUUUGGCACUAAGGAAGCUGGCUGUAGCAUUGAGCUCGGUUCUAUACAAUGUAGUUUACAUAACACAUCUUUGUAUAUAAUUGUAUGUUUUAUCGCCAAUCAGGCAGGACACAGC